UUCAUAAAAAGUUAAUUCUCGAAGAAGAUGAGCUGGCUAGUUCAAUUUUUAUUAAGAACACUCUUGGUAAAAUUGAAGAAGAAAAAGACUACCAUAAGGGAAACAAAGCUGAAUAUUUAGUUACAAAAAUUAAGAAUUCCAUCCCAGAGAUGGAUCAUAAGAUUGAUAGAGAGUCUAAAUUCCGUCACUCCUUUGAGGAGGAUAAGGAGAAGGUAGAGUCAGAUAUCGAACUUUCCUCUCCUGAGAGACCAUACCAACCCAAAGAUGAAGAAGAAGAUGAAGAUGAGAAGAGAGAAGAAGUUAAACUACCACCUAUAUUUGGAGAUAGGGCUGAACAAUUCAGAAGCUCCCAGGUUUCUAACCAAGAACUCUCUAUAAUCCAUAAUAAGAGUGAGAUCAACAUCCUGACUCCUAAGGAGGUUAUUGAGCAAGACCAUGGUGAGGACGGGAGUGAGGAAGGAAAUCUUUUGGAGGUCAAGCAAAAAGAGAAGAAUAAAUUUAAACAGCACAUCCUGAGAAUUCUUGAUAAUAUGUACUAUACCAUAUUCAUGACACUGAUUACGAUAUAUGCUCUCUUUGGUGACGAUUUCAGGCUACUUAUAUUUGAAAAAUAAUGUUGACCCAUAUUUCUGGGGAUUUACAUCUGCAUGCCUCUUUUUCUUCACAUUAGAAAUUAUGCUGUCAAGCAUUGCUAGAGAAGACUACUUUUUAAAAUUCUAUUUCUGGCUUGAUACCAUGGCAACUGUUUCGCUUAUUUCAGAUAUUGGGUGGAUAUGGGACAAGAUUGUAGGAAAUCAAGAUUUCUCAGCAAGUAAUGCACAACAAGCCUCACAGCUCGCCAGGGCUGGAAGAGGAGCAAGAGUUGGUACAAGAGCAGGAAGAAUUAUUAGAAUUAUCAGACUUAUUAGAUUAAUCAGAGUUGUCAAACUUUAUAAACAUGCUCAUAUUGCCCUUGCUGAAAAUAAUGAAGAAGGUCUAGUUGAAAAGGGAUCUCACCAUGAAAAUGAAGGAACAAUCAACAGAUCUGAAAGAUCGUUCUCUGAAGCAAGAUCUCAUCAACAAAAGAGCGAGAAGGUAGAUGUUAUUGAAAAAGUGCCUCAUCUUGAAAUUAAAGAUGACCUGAAGAUACCUGAAGAAAGUAAGGUCGGAAAGAAAUUGUCUGAUCUAACAACUAAAAGAGUUAUCAUCCUUGUCUUAGCAAUGAUGUUCAGUGUUCCUAUCUUUUCCAUGACUACGUACCGUGAAGAGAAUAACAGCUUUGUAUUUGGAUUAGAGUUAAUUGACUUAUUCUCUGACAAUCCUCAAGGAGAUAAGUUCCAGACUGCCUUUAACACUUACCUUGCAGAACAUAAGGAUAUACGAACCCCUCUGAUAUCUCUGUAUGUGGAGAUUGGCACUUUCACACAAACAUGGGAUUCUGAUUCUGUUUCUGCAGAUAGAUUAAGAUUUAGUGAAGCUGAAGUAGCCACGAUUAAAGGAGGAGAUUAUGUCGCUAUUUUUGAUCUUAGAAAGAAUAUUCAACUGACAUCUGGUCUUUCAAUUGGACGAACCUUCUUUGUCUGCUUUGUGCUAGCAGCAGGAGCCCUGUUCUUCUCAAAAGAUGCAAAUGAUCUGGUUAUUACCCCUAUUGAGCAAAUGAUUCAUAAGGUGAACAGAAUUUCACAGAACCCUUUAGAUGCAGUUGAGCAGGAAGAAAAUGAAGCCUUAGCUCUUGAGCAAGCUCAGGAGGAUGAAGAGAAGACCAAAAAGAAAAGGAAGAAAAAGAAGGAAGGUCCAUAUGAAACCGUUAUUCUUGAACAAACUAUUGUAAAAAUUGGGGCUCUCCUUGCUCUUGGAUUCGGAGAAGCAGGUUCCAAAAUCAUUGCAGAUAACAUGGCUCACACUGGUGAUGUUGACCCUAUGAUUCCUGGAAGGAAAAUCCUAGGCAUCUUUGGUUUCUGAAACAUCAGAAACUUUGCCGAUGCUACUGAAAUUUUGCAGGAAGAUAUUAUGCUUUUCGUGAAUGAAAUAGCAGAAAUUGUUCAUAGUGUAGUCGAUCAAUUCUCCGGAGCUGCUAAUAAGAAUAUUGGAGAAGCAUUCUUGCUGGUAUGGAAAUUCUCUGAUGAAGAUCAGACUUUUGAUAAAAAUACUGGAGAUUUAACAUUGAAGGAUAAUGAUAGAGUAUCUCAGAUUGCUGAUAUGAGUGUUAUUUCCUUCAUAAAAACUAUAGCAUCUGUGCAGAAGAGUCAUAAAUUAUUCAAGUAUCGGAAGAAUGCAGCUCUUAAACAAAGAAUUCCCAAUUAUAGUGUAAAAAUGGGAUUUGGACUUCAUGUAGGAUGGGCAAUUGAAGGAGCUAUUGGUUCUGAUUUUAAAAUCGAUGCAUCUUAUUUGAGUCCUAAUGUUAAUAUGGCAAGUCGAUUAGAAGCAGCAACAAAGCAAUUUGGUGUACCCCUAUUGGUUUCUGGUAAACUUUUUGAUCUCAUGACUGAAAAAUCACAGGAGAAUAUGAGACUUAUUGAUAUAGUUACUGUGAAAGGAUCUAGCGAGCCUGUAAGACUUUACACUUGAGAUUUGGAAUUUACAAACCUAAAAAUUGAAAAACCGAGAAAGAAUACAAUGAGCAAGCAAAAUAAAAAAGUAGAGAAAGUUAAAGCCAGAAUUGAGAGAAAUAGAUAUAGAGAACAAGCAUUUAACAAUCAGAUCCAAGUCAGCGCAAAAUUCAUCUUGGAUAAGGAUAUUGAACUUAUGAGAAGUGGAAUCACUGAUGAGUUUAUUGAUAUAUUUUCUAAAGGAUUUAACCAAUAUAUUAACGGAAACUGGGAAGAAUCAAAGACUUAUCUUGAUCAAGUUGAAGACUAUAAAUAUCCAGAUAACCCUACAAGACUACUCCUUCAUGUUAUGGAAGAAUAUGAUUUCAAAGCUCCUGAAAAUUGGCCUGGAUUCAGAAAGUUAACUUCAAAAUAAUUUCAAUUUCUCUAA